AUGAAGUACAAGGCAGAGCCGGAGGAGUUCUUUGCCCUGACAUUCUCGCUUAUAAAUGACUUGCAGGACAGCACGGUGGUGAAGUACAAGAAGAAGCUGAUUAACUCGUACAUAAACACAACAAUAAAGUUAAUACAGAGCAAAACAGCUGCGCUGUCGCACAAAUUUGUAAUGACUGUGUGCAUGCACUCAAUGGUGCGGCACAUUGAGCAAGAAAGCGACAUGGAAAUGCUGCCAAAGGAGAUAAGGGAGAAAAUAGAGCGCGAGGUUGUGGAGUAUCUGUGCAUGCAAGAGAUAUCAAGAAUACGCGCAAUUAUUAUAGACCUGUACACGGGCCUCUACACAGACGAUGUGAACUACUCGGUUAGGCCUGAGAACUGGGCAGUGAAAGUCGUGGCUGAGCUAAAAACGCUCACUCCGCUGGCGGACACGGAAAUGUUCAAAGAGUCCAAGAAGCUGGUACUGUGCAGGCUGCAGGGCCUGCUCGCCAAAGAGCUGAAAGAGGCUUUUUUGAGCAAGUCCAAGCCGUUUGGAAGGAAGGGAAACCAGCUUGUUAUAAAUAUCCUGUACAUUCAGCAGUACUUCAAGGAGCACACCUCCACGGAGGGCAUGCAAGAGCUGGUCAAGGAGAUACAAGGAAACUUCAAGGACGCAGGGUCCGUUGCCAAGCUGGAAGAGCUAAAGCGGUUUAUUAAGUAG